AUAGACAGCCUAAAAGAGUGUUGUUAAUCUCCGCAGAAUUGCAGGACAUUUGCUUCAAAACAAUGAAAUGGUGAUGACCUUUUUCAAACGCAAUGAGAGUUUGUCAACACUUUGCUAGACAAUUCCUCUAUGUAGCUACUUAAUCUAACUAGAUGGUUAAUAUGCUUCAUUUCGGCUUAUAGACUGGAAUGCAAUUCAGUCCGCAGAUACCCAAAGAGCUUUUAUUUUGAUGUAAUCUAAACAAAGCCCCAGUUCCAAUCAAGACCCAAUACCGUUGAAUAAACUCCAGGUGGUGCUAUGGUCAGAUGGCAUGAUGGAUUUGGCAUGGAAAAACAGAAGCCUGCAAAAAAGUCCCUCAUAUUUCUAAAAUAUGAAGGUGGGUCUUUGGGCUAUCUUGCUACCUGGGGCCAUUGUUAUGGACAAAGGCAUCAUGAACAUUACCAAGAGCAGAACGUGGUUGCCUCUGCAAGUAUAUACAACUGAAUUCAACAUUUGUAUUUUUUUUUAAUGUAAUUCAUAUUUAUCAAGUUGCCAAUAACCUCACUGUGUCUGUACUUCAGUAAUAAAAUUGCUGUCAAUCACUCAUGGGUGAAAACAGAUGGCUGCUGUGUUUUGCCCAAGUCAGAAGAAGUAAAUCUCCCAACUGUACUGCAAUUCAAACCCUAAUUUUACCAGGCUCUGCUUCUGUGUAAAUGGGGCAUCCCAGGUUAUCAGACUCUAGGGUCCCAUACCAUGGUUAAAGCUGUGUUGUUGUAUAAAGAGCCCACACUCAAAAAGUGCAGCUGAAUAGACUACUCUCUUUUCUCACUGACAAACUGAGAAGGUUAAGUGUGUGUUUUGUUCUCACCCACAGGCUGAGGAAGUGUUGCUAUCGUUUGGAUUUCACACCCUGAUAACAUCGAUGUUUUAGUACACAGAAAAAGGACUUAAGUGACAACAGUGUUUUGCCCCAACACUGAGUGUGUGUAUAUGGCGGCUUUGAAACCACACUAAGACUGUGUAUCUGUAUUGCUGAGAAAGUGUCCUCAAACGUGGUCUGUUGUGUAAUCCCUCACAGGGCCCCUUUGCUAUUUUUGUGCCUGGGUCCGUCCGCGUCACGCUUGGGUAUUUUCUCUGGUGACUAGCUCACAUCAAUAGACCUUCUAAUGUAUACUCAGCCAGCACCAGCGGCGGCAAUGUAAGAUUGAUGAUAUUUUGCCACAACUAAAUCAGAUCAUUACUGUUUAUCGGUGCCAUUAUAACCCAGGAAUGUGGACAAUGGACAGCUGGAAUUUCCAAUGUGAUGAAUGUCACAUGUGAGUGGCGCUAUGGGACAAGAAGGGAGGACGCGAAUGUCAGAUGAGCAUCCCCUAUGUCAUUUUUUUGCUCAUAUAUUCCUACACUAACAUAACAGACAUUAUUGUCUGUUGGAAAUCUACCCUGGAGAGGAAGGUGACAUUGGAAUUGUCAUGGAGUCGCUGGAAACUGCUGAGGUGAAGACCUCUAAAGAGCCUUUGGAAAAAGCAGUUACACAAAGACAGUGGGCAGUAGCACCAGAAUCGUCAACUGCUGAAAACAGAAGAACACCUUCGGCGGAUUCUGAGGGUGAGGGAUGGCACCUAUGCCCAGAACCUGAGGAAGACCCAAGCAGAACCACAUGUGGUUCAAUAGAAAGGUCUGACUCCGGGAAAUUAAGACAAUUCGAAGGGAAAUCACUAUGCCAAUUACAGGAUCAACCCUGCAAUCAUCCUCAUUACAAUGUAUUGACCUCAUAUCCCCCACGGGAAAAACAGACAAUUCCCUUUCCUAGACACAAAAGGGCGGAUCACAUGGUUUCUACACUUCCACUAUCCCAUGGCAGCAGUGGAGGGCCAUCUACUCAGAGGAGCUCCCCCAGUUUACCAGCGUCUCUCCAGUGCAGUUCCAGGUCAGGAAUGGAUGAGGCAUCUGAGGACGUUUGUAAUAAGAUUGAGCAGAAACAGCAGCAGAGACCUGGGAAGUAUGUUUGUGAAUAUUGUGGGAGGGCAUGUGCCAAACCCAGUGUACUUAAGAAGCAUAUCCGCUCACAUACUGGGGAGCGACCCUACCCGUGUGUUCCCUGUGGCUUCUCCUUUAAAACCAAGAGCAAUUUAUACAAACACAGAAAAUCUCAUGCUCACUCUGUAAAAGCGGAGACGGUGCCAUUUUCAGAAAUGGGUUCUUACAAUGCCAACAUGGAGGACCAGGGAUCUUUUGAGGGAGAAGCGGAAGCCGAGUUAUACUCCGACGCCGAGCAGAGCUCGGAUACUGAUGAGGGAGAUUCAUUGCACUUGGAUUCUGUCUCAGCCGAGGAACCAGAUGGCACCACGGCUGGAAAAGUAAGGAAUGUCAUUGCCCAGAAACAGGGAGUUACAUUAGCGUUAACGCUUUCUGAGGAGGGUUCAUCCAAGCUCAGAGAGAUCAAUGCUGCUCAGGCUCCAGCCGUUUCUCAGGUCAGCCGUGCAAUCCAAUCUAGCGCGAUCAAGCAGAGGCUCGCACUACGGCUCUCAGAGAAAAGGAGCAAUGACACUGACACAUCUCUCUCCCUGCCCAGCCAGGGAAGCAAAGGCAGCACAGACUCAGGCUACUUCUCACGCUCUGAGAGUGCCGAGCACCAAACGGCUGGUCCUCCCAGCACGAAUGCCAAGUCCUAUCAAGAGAUUAUGUUUGGGAAGUGUUACAAACCAAACCCUAAACACUCAAUAACUGUUGUGACUAGCACGGCAGACUUAAUAAGUGGUAGUAGCACCUUGGAGCGUGGCGUUUCCCGCGUAUUUACACAAGAAAAGGAAUCAAUGGUUGAAUCAAUCAGAAUAAACACACAUUCGUUUACAAGAGACGAAACGAAGGAGGUUCAGCUAGAGCUCUCUGAUUCUGGACAGCUGGUGCGGAGCAACUCAAUGCCCACGUCCUCGGCCGCAUGUCUGGACAUGCCACAAGGCCUGCGAGGCAGCCACUCUUUUGAUGAGCGGGCAUCCUCUGGAGGCACUAGGAGACUAAGGAGACAGGCUGCCUUUGAGCACCCUGCACACGAUGGACACACUGAACCCUCUGAGCACUGCGGAACCAUCUCUGAUAUUUCCAUCUGCCUUGGCGUACAGAUGGAAAGUUUCACCGUCCAACAAAAGCAAGCGAUGGAAUUUGCAACUAGGAAGCGGCGGAAGGAGAAAUGUGUCGGGGAGGAGGAGGAUGUGUUAAGCCAGCAGCACACAGAUGAUGAGGAGAUGAGGAACUAUGAGGAUUCCAAGCAAGCCUCUCAAGGUGUUUUAACCACUAGUACUUCAUUGAAAGGACACGCUCAGAGCGUGCACACACAGGAUAGAACAAAGUGUGACAGGUUGGACAGGGAAAGGUUGGAUGCCACCCCCGAGAGGAGAGCUUUGGUUAAUGUCAUCUCUGUGAUUCAACACACAAACUCCCUAAGCAGGUCUCACUCUGAUGAGUCUUACAAUUACCAGAUACAGGAAAGCCCUUCCUUGAUGGAAGUGGUGGAGCAAAGCCCAACGCGAGAGGUGCAUAAAAAGACUGAGAUCUUUGCGCAUCAAUUGAGUGACAGUAGAUUGUUAGAUCAGUCUUAUCAGGUGACACCUAAGCUAGUCCGUCAAUCCAACAUACAGGUUCCAGAGAUCAGGGUAACUGUGGAACCUGACAGUCCAGAGAAAGAGAAAGUGUCUGAGCUAAAAUCAGUGAAGGCGAGAGAGCCCGAUAGACAUGUAGAAGAGUUCCAGUGGCCUCAAAGGAGUGAAACCUUGUCUCAAUUCCCCCCAGAAAAACUCCCUCCAAAGAAGAAGAGACUGCGCUUAGCUGACUUGGAGCACUCUUCUGGUGAGUCAAGCUUUGAGUCAGCCUGUACAAGUCUCUCCCGAAGCCCCAGUCAGGACAGUAACUUAUCCUACUGUUCCAGCUUCUCAUUUGACCGUGAGGAGAGAGACAGAGAGCUAAUCCCCAAGCCAGCUUCUCCGGCAUCUAGACAGGAUGAGUUUGGCAAAUCGCUGGAGUUCUUAGCUGUUCCAGGAAGCGGCCACUCCCUGUCCAUCCUGAACCAGCGUCAACAACAUGAAAUGAGACGCUCCUCUUCAGAACAGGCGCCAUGUAACUCUCUGCGUAGAGAACUCCCCGAGGUCCGCAGCGUAUCGUUUGACUAUGGCAGUCUCUCUCCACUGGCCAAAGUUAGACAUGGGGAGAUCAGUGCCAGUUACUCAGAAUCCAGGCGAGGUAAUUUGGUAAGACAGGCGCCCUUGAAUGUUGACCCUGAAUUAACACAUCCUAUCCUUCCGCUAAGUAUUCUUCCUCAGUACCUGAGCAAUGCCCUGUCCUUCUCACCCACUGUUCAGCGCUCCCAGUCUUUGCCAAUCUUUGCUCCUCAGCCAACGCACUGCGGCCUUCAAGUUCCUGUUGGAAAGCAGACUCAUGUGCCGUCCUAUGGUAGCAUCACGUACACCACAGUGUCACAGAUCCUAGAGGAUCCAUAUGAAAGCUCUGUCAUUUCUCACUUUUCAAGUUCAUCCACACAUUUAGAUGCGUCUAAAGCAUUAUUAGAACACCCCCGGGGACUGUUGGCCAGCCCAGUACAGGUUCAGGUUCUAGAUCUGUCCCCGGCUAAGCUUAAAACAGGGAUUCCUCUUUCCCUGACAUCAAGGACUAUCUCCACCACCAACUGUGGAUCCGGCGGUGGAUCAAACAAGCGCAUGUUAUCUCCAGCUAGCAGUUUGGACCUGUUCAUGGAGGUCAAACAGCAGAAACGUGUCAAAGAGGAGAAAAUGUAUGGUGAGAUAGUGGAGGAGUUGGGUGCUGUGGAGUUAGGAAACUGUUCUGUUACUGACGAGAACAAGACCAGCAUACACUCAGAGUUUAAAAGCGACACCAACCAGAGAGCAUCAAUGUUAAGCUAUCCCACAAAAUCCUCAUUGUCUGCGUUGUUUUUACUUCAUUCUAAAGAUGAAGGAGCAAACAGAAGCUUUAUCCCACCUCAGAAACAAGGGUCAGACAGUCCUGAUUACCCCAUGGAUAACUCUCCAACAGAAACAAACUUACAACCCCACACUCUGCUUUCUCUGAAGGAUUUCAAAGAGUCUGGCAUGGACUGCAAGGCACAGAUGGACAUGCUGGUGCAGUUGGUUAAAGGUCAGGGCAUUCUCAUCUCUGAUGGUGAAAACUCCAAACUGAUAUCUCCGUAUCCAAGUCUCCGUACAACGACAAGUGUGAGUUGGUGCUAUCUGAAUUACACCAAGCCGAGCUGUGGUCACAACCCCUCUCCUAUGUCAUCUGUAUACGCCACAUGGUGCAUCAGUUCCCAUAACCCAAAUCCUUCAAACCUCAGCACCAGUGAAACCCUGGCUCUGUUCCGGUCCAAACAGAAGACUAAUACAUGGAUGGACACCAUGGCAGCCAUGUACCAAUCUGGGACUGGGGAACUAGUCUCUUCCUCACUCUUAAAGAGGCAGAAUCUCGAACUGCUACAGAGCAAACCAGAGCUCAAAGAACUUGAUGUGACCUCCUAUGGAAAGAAAGUGAAGGAUGCUACCUGCAGGGUAAAAGCUGCAAAGGAGGAAUGGAAAGAGAUGGAGGUCUCCUUGAAACAAACAGCAGUUACAACCCCAACACCAACCCGGAUCAAAAUCUUUGACGGAGGGUUCAAGUCCAAUGAGGACUAUGUGUAUGUGAGGGGCAGAGGCAGAGGGAAGUAUAUCUGUGAAGAGUGUGGCAUCCGCUGUAAGAAACCUAGUAUGCUGAAGAAACAUAUACGCACCCACACUGACGUCAGACCCUAUGUGUGCAGGGUCUGCAACUUUGCUUUCAAAACUAAAGGAAAUCUGACUAAACAUAUGAAGUCCAAGGCUCACAUGAAAAAGUGUCUUGAGCUCGGCGUGUCAGUCACAGUGGAUGAUACAGAGAUUCAAGAGUCUGAUGACAUCCCGCAAGAACUGAAGACUGGGGCCUUGAGCACAACCAAACAUCAGUUCUCAGAUGCGGAUGACUCCGAUGGCAUGGAUGAGGAGAUUGACGACAAUGACGAAGAUGAUGAUGACGAUGAUGAUUACGACGCUGACUCAAAGAUCGACUCACGGAGCACCAGUCCUCACCCAUGCGGUGUAGCCUCUCUGUCGGUCACUGCUACUGCCGUCAUCCAGGGUGUGUCGUCCCACCUCCAUGGCUGUACCCUCAGCGCUGUCCGUCCUCUCGCCAGCUGCCUCGCCACCUCCACCCUGCCUGGCGUUGAUUCCCAUCCGUCAGCCACGGGCAGGGGAACGGGAACCGACCAGAGAACUGUGGACGAAGACUGUAGCCUGGCCAUGCUGUCUCCAGACCAGAGUGGUCUGUUAUUUGACCCCUACCCCACCAGUCUGCUGUCCCCAGGCUGGGAGUCCCCUGUGAGGGAACUGUCCCCAACAAGCUUCCGCCAUCCCUCACCCCGUAGAGAACUCUCCCCCCGGGGACGCUCCUCACCUCGAUGGGACACCUCCCCAUUGAGACCUAGCUCCGCUAACCUCAGCCCCAUCCAGCACCUCUCCCCAGCUGGCAUGGAGAGGCCGCUGUCCCCAGGAGGAGUGGACCUGGCUGGGAGGAGGGAGCCGUCCACACGGGGCAGGCAGAGGGUAGUGCUGCGGGCUGUGUCUCCCCGUAGAGGGGGCUCGCAACACAGAGGCUCCGGGGACAAAACCAGGCAGCAAGCCAAGGCUGAACUGCUCCAGCAGGGAGGAGCUACUGAAAUGGAAAUGGAUGAGGGGAUUAGCGUGUCCUCCGCCCUUCCCGGUCCCUCCAGCUCCAGUUGUUCUCAUCAGAACCUCCUCAGCCACCUUCCCCUACACUCCCAGCAACAAACCAGGACUCUCCUCCCCAUGGUCCCAAUCGGGGGAAUCCAAGUGCUGCGCCCCCUAUCCCCUCAGGAGGCAGAGAUCCACCAGGAUAGCAGUAGCGAGGCAUCGCUCCACGUAGCUGCAGAGGACCUGGUGGCCCAGUCGCAGGGGAAGGGGAUGGAGACGGAGAGGCCCCCCCCCCACCAGACACCUCGGAACUCUGAGGGGGAGAAAGCCCCUGUCUCGGUCCUCACCGUCAGGGACCCUACACAGGAAGAGGGUCUUCAUACCUGCACCAAGGCAAUCGCUUCCCUCAGGAUCACCUCUGAGGAGCACCCAUAGACUGGGGUUAGGGUCACAAGCUUCCUCCAGGAGCAGACGAGUCUCCCCAUUCACUGUCCAGUCCUGAUCAGUUUGCGCUGUCUUGCAGUUUCAUGUCUAGUCAAGAUAACUCCAGUGGUCAUACAAGUGUUGGACGGUCAACGCAAACAGAUUGGGAACCAAGCUAUGUCUACUGCCUUCUGAAUGUCAACAAUGAUCCUCAAGACAGACGGAAGGACAGACAGUGCAAAGGUCUAACAUUCUCACCAUCACCCUUCCCCAGACAGUAAAUCCAUAUCUGAGCAAAGAACAAACUUUGAAACUCUAACAACACAGACAAUAUGCUCUCUAUGAAUUCACGAUGAAUGAAGAGAGUUUAUGAAGACUUAGGUCAAUGGUCUCCUGCAGCAAAGGGCAAGCAUGGAGGCAGGUGGAGGUGGUGGACAUAGUUGCAAUAUAUGGGAUUAUAAGUGAAUGCUUGUACUGCAAAUGAAAUAAGCUUGUGUACAAUUCCACCUAAACAGAAUUAUUGAUUUGUAUAAUUAAGUAAUAAGGCAUGAGGAGCUGUUGUAGUAUAUGAGCAAUAUACCACGGCUAUGUGCUGUCUUCAAGCAAGACCUUGGUAUAUUGGCCAUACACCACAAACUCCUGACAUGCCUCUAAACUGGUUACCAAUGUAAUUAAAAUAGUAUAAAAGUAA